AUGACCGAAGGUACAGUCGAUGUCCAAGAAUUGGAAAAACUAAGACCAUCUACAGACUUGAAUAAUGAUACGAGCAAUAAUUCCCACAUACCUGAUGAUAAAACUUCUCAGAAAUGGAGUAUUAUACUGGAGCCAGCGUUGGCCGGUGCGAUGAUGGCCAUAAAUCUUGGACAGACUUCUUUGCAAAAUUUCUAUCUACGAACAGCUUGCACAGUCGAUUUGGGUUACUCAUUCGAUGUGUGCGAUAGAGGUGUAGGUGAGGAAUUUCGAACUGCUGAGGCAGCCAGUCAGAUGGUGGUGUCUGGUGUUAACAUCAGCAGGAGUUUCGUGGGUUGCUUGCUGUCCACAAUCGUUUUGUUGUUUGUGGGCCCAUGGAGCGACUGCAGCGGUCGUAGGAAGCCACUGCUCAUCAUGCCUCUGGUUGGCAUGACCGUCAUGACCACCGGUGUCCUAUUAUUGCUAACGUUCCCCGGUGCUUCAACAAUGCAAGUGCUGUACGUAGUGCAAAUACCGAUCUCAUUGGGCGGCAACUUCGGUUUGCUUCUGGCGGCAUCUUUCAGCCACGUUGGCGAUAUCUGCCACGCGACCGGUCGUGACAUAACACGCACGAUGGGUAGUCACCGUGCUGCUAUACAAAUAGCCCACGUGAUUGGUGCAGUCAGCGGUCCCCUGCUUUACCGGCAUCUAGGAUUCUACGGUGUGUUCCCACUUGUUUUAUUACUGCAGUUAGCGUCGCUGCUCUACGUGAUAUUAAUGAUAAAGGAUGUCAACGUGAACAAUGAUAACAAAGUGUCCGUUUUCAAUUGGAGAUUGCCUCUGAACGCGUUCCAGUGUCUAGUGCGGGGCCGGGACGGCUACAAAAGAACCAUUAUAUUCCUCAUGUUGAUAGUCGCGCUCGGCGACCGCAUGCUCCUAUCUGCCGAGGUGUUGCUUGCAUACAUGUUCUACAGAUAUAAAUUCAAAUGGGAUGAUGUCAUGUUCGGAUCAUUCCUUGCUUACAGGAACAUUGUCAGCUUUGUAGGCACAUUGCUCAUACUAACUGUGCUCAAACGACGGCUACGAUUAUCUGAUGAGAUGGUUGGUGUUCUCAGCUGCAUAUCCUACGUUCUUGCUACUUCAGGACUAAUAGCUGCGUCUACAACUCUUGUUGUAUUUUUACUUCCGCUGAUUGGAAUUAUAUCACAGGGUUCGCAAGUUGUACAAAGGCCUAUACUCAACAAGCAAAUUUUGCCCACAGAACAAGGUAAAAUUUACAGCGUAUUGGGGGCAUUAGAGUCAGCAACUCAGACGUUUUCUUCGCCCCUGUACUCUUUACUUUAUACGAAAACAGUGUCUUCAGUGCCGGACGCGUGGUUAGCACCUGGCAUCGUACUGGCCAUAUUCCAACUACUAUCCUACGCAGUGACAAGGAGACUAGGAACGAAAACGUCUAAAGACAUUGUACAUAUAGAGAAACACAUUUCUUUAGUAACGUUAGAAAAGGCUCCAAAAGAAAAAGAAGAACCCCUUAAGAAAGAAGAAUCUAACCUUAACCUUGAGAUUGGGAAUAGCAUUCCAUGUAAGAAUGCAACGCCCGAAUAUGUACGAUCCUCGAAUUCACGGUGUUCAAAGCCACGGUGCGAAUGCUUCCGCAAGACCGAGCCCCUGUUUUGGCCCUACGAGACCCAACACGCUGUCACCGUGCUUUGGCCCACCCCCUACGCAGGCUACCUUCGCCACGAACCCUUGCAUUGCACCGGCGUUUACGGCACCCAAUCAGGAACC